AUGGACCCGUCGACAUUCAUAGAUCCAAAUCUAACGGAGCCCGAUUUGCUCGUCCUGAAGGAUUUAUUGCAUGAUGCCAGCGCUGAUCGUCAGCACGAGAAAAAAGGAAAGGAUUCCGCGGGUGCACGGAACAGAGGGAAAUCUACACAAAAUGGGUCAUUUCAGGCUGAGCCUGAAGACACAAUCCAGAAGCUGAAAGCUCUGAACAACGCCCAGGCAGCGGAAUUUGAGCCUACUGUCUUCGUGACAUGGGACAUGAAAGACCUCGCGAAGCUGCCGAGCGUGCUAAACAAGCUCUUACAGGCCUACAUUGCCUUCGGGCGACAAAUCGUCCGUGUUGAGACAGAUGUGGUCAUGCUCACCCAUCUCAUCCUCUAUUUCACCACCUCAGUCCCCAGCGCCCUCUACCUGUUUCAGCCUGGGAACUUCACCUGGAUCCACGGCAUCCUGCACUGGAUCAUGCAGUCCUACUAUGUAGGAACAUAUACUCUCAUGAUGCAUCAGCACAUCCACAUGGGCGGGAUUCUGAAAAAGAGUCUCUGGUGGUUUGACGGGUUGUUCCCCUAUAUCACAAACCCGCUGAUGGGGCAUACCUGGAACUCAUACUAUUAUCACCAUGUUAAGCACCACCAUGUUGAGGGAAACGGACCGGAUGACCUGUCUUCGACGAUAAGGUACCAGCGUGAUGAGCUCGUCGAUUUUCUGUGCUAUGUUGGGCGGUUCUUCUUCUUCAUUUGGGCAGAACUGCCGCUCUAUUUCUUGCGAAAGGGCAAGACGGGUAUGGCGGCUAGGGCUGCGUUCUGGGAGAUCGGGAACUAUGUUGUCCUGGUUUUGCUUUGGAAGUAUGUCAAUUGGCGCGCCACACUGUGUGUUUUCGUCCUACCGCUCUUGCAGCUGCGCGUAGGAUUGAUGGUGGGCAAUUGGGGACAGCACGCCUUUGUCGACGAGGUCGACCCCAAUUCGGACUUUAGAUCGAGUAUCACUCUGAUCGAUGUACCUAGCAACCGAUUCUGCUACAACGAUGGCUACCACACGUCUCACCAUCUCAACCCCCUCCGCCACUGGCGCGAGCACCCCGUUUCACUCUUGCAGCAGAAAGAGCGCUAUGCCGCAGAGCAUGCGCUCGUGUUCCGAAACAUCGACUAUAUCAUGAUCACCGUAAGGCUAAUCCGCAAGGACUAUGGAUACCUGGCGAAGUGCCUGGUGCCGAUGGGCGAUCAAACCGGGAUGAGUAUGGAUGAAAGGGCGGAGAUGCUCAGGAGAAAGACGAGGAGGUUUAGCGAGAAGGACGUGAAAGCGAAAUUCUGA